CUCAAGACCUUACCCCACGCUCCAUGUUGCCAGCGUAACCAAGGUAACCAGCACCGGAACACGCCGCCAUGUUGCUGAGAACCCGUUCGCUCUGUAGGUACCAUAAACCUCGCUUUGUCACGUGGUUCGGCAUCCUAUCAGCGGCGUCCAUCUCCAUCCUGUGCUAUUUCCUCAUCGGCACUUCAUCGGCCAGCACUAUACGCGAGACUCAAGUCCCCAACAACGUUGUGGUAAUGAAGGAGAACGAGAAUGAUAAGGACAAAACGGCGCCCAAAACUGUGCAGGAAAUAACACCCAAACAGGAACCAUCCGCGGCUAAUAAAGAUCCAGCCAACAAAGAUCCAGCCAACGCCAACAAAGAUCCGGCCAACGCCAACAAAGAUCCGGCCAACGCCAACAAAGAUCCAGCCAACGCCAACAAAGAUCCGGCCAACGCCAACAAAGAUCCAGCCAACGCCAACAAAGAUCCGGCCAACGCCAACAAAGAUCCAUCCAACGCCAACAAAGAUCCCCCUACAACAACAACUCCCAUCACCAAAGCGCCACCUAUAUGGCCAGGAGUAGAUUACCUUAAUCCUAACCCUAAGGAAGAGAAAAGCGGACCUGACAACGACGUCGACAAUAUACGCUUAUACAGGGACUUGUAUGCGCAGGAGUCGUGGCCGGGCGUCGAACCCGCGACGUUGACUCCAGGUGAGAUCCCCAGCACGUUGCACUACUUCUGGUGUGGGAAAAAAGUUUUUAAAUUCGAGGAUUAUCUCGGGUUGUUGAGUGCCGUGAGGAUUAUCAAACCGCAGAAGAUUAUAUUCCACCACGAGACGCCGCCGUACGCGGAGACUUUCUGGUACCACACGUGGUUCCAGGAGAUGAAGCAAUCUCUGCCUAACUUCAUCCUCAGACACACAACAGAGGUUCUCAAAUGUGGAACUGAAGACGUCCUGAGGUUCGUUUUGAAGAAACUCUCCAGCGAGGGAGGAAUUUAUAUCGGCGAGCGAACAAUCGUCACCGGAAUUCCAAAAGAACUCUCCACCGGAAAUUUUUACUCCAGCUUUCGCGAAAACGGCGUGGUUCAUGACGUCACGCAGGGUGUUAUUUAUAGCAAGGAAGGAUUCCCUGAAAACACCAUCGAAGAAAAAAUUCAAUCAUUUUCAAAGACGAACUCUAAAUGUUUAACAAUAGAAGAAUUAAACUCCCACGCCGAAAGUCUAGGAUCUAAAUCUUUUGACAACACCUGCGUUGUCGUUUGGUCGUCCGUGUUUCCAAAAGACUCCUGGAACAGCACCACCAAGUUCGCAGAGCUUGCCCGGUGGUUGUUCUACGGCCAACGGGCCAGGUUCGAGACCAAACUGGCGGAGAAAGACUCGGAUAUGAUUCCUCUCUUAUCCCACAUUGUCUGGAUCCAGCACGGCAAUGAUGAGUUCAACUUUCUGCACUUCUUGAGCGUCAUCUCGGCACUGCAUGUGGCAGGGUUCCAGCGGGUUUACGUCCACGGGGACGCCCGGCCUCAUGGUCAGUGGUGGGACAAGUUGAGUGGGGAGAACGUCACAUACGUCAAGAUAGAGAGUCCAGAGGUCAUCUUCCAACAAAGAGUAGGAGGCGCCCAACAUCAGUCUGACGUACUGAGACUUAACAUUUUGUUGAAAUAUGGAGGCACCUAUCAGGAUCGUGACGUCAUAUGGGUCAGCCGAAUUCCAGACAGUCUCAGAAGAUACCCGGCCAUCACGUGCCCCGACUGGCCAGAAAACGGGGCGUGGCCGGAAGUGUUUAAUAUGGGCGUGUUUAUGGCCAAGCCCAACGCCGAGUAUUUGAAGACAUUUCUGAAGACUUUCAGCUACUAUCGAGACGACAAGUGGGCAUUUAAUGCCGUCUUCAUGCCCUAUAAAGCGUAUGAAGAACAUCCUGACCAGUUGUACGUGGACCGACAUCUACAGAUAAUUUGUUUCGAGGGCAUAUGCCACCCUGCCUGGCACGAGAAUUACAUCCGGGGCAUAUCUGAUAAACGUCCCGUGGACUCCUUUGAUUGGCGGGACGGUCGCUCGUUCCAUUUCACCGUCCCUAAACCUCCUGGUACUUUGACGUCACCGGAAAAUAUCCGAAACGGAAAAGACAUUUUCGCGGAGAUGGGCCGCUUUAUAUUGGAGAAAAGUGGACGGACAGAUUUAUUAAAGCCGUAAAAAAUAGACUAAGUAAUUUGAUAAACAUUGGCUAACAGAUUCAAUGAAACAGAAAAAAAAAUCAGAAUUGGUGCAACAGAUUUAGAAGGACGGAGUUCCUGAAACUGAAAAAAAAAAUUGGAAAUAGAGAUUUGCUCAAUCAGAGUGAAGUUGAAGUACACAGACAGCGAAAAUAGGGAACGAACAGAUGUGUUUAGAAAAGUAAAGCAUGCAUCCUCUAACGUAAGGCUGUAUUGCUUGCCAGACCAUAAGUGCUGUUAUUUAAAAUUUGCUUCAUGUAAAGUGAAUGACACAGCGGUAAAAAGUUAAUACCGCGGACAGAAAGGAAAUAAAAAAUCA